AGUACGACAUAUUAGAGCUGUGAGCGUCCCGCGUCGCUGUGAUCGAAAGAAGCCGGUUGAGGCUGUCCAGCCUUUAGCUUUGUCAGUUACACCGUUUUACAAGCUUCUGGACCGCCGCGUUAUCAUGAACCGUGAGUACGGGGGCCCCCGCCACCGCCAAUCCCCGUCGCUGCGUAUGGCAGACUCACCUUCAAACACUCAGUGACCUGAAUCCACAAUUGAUUCAGAAGAUCUGUUCAUAUGUAAAUGGAAUGGAUACAUGUACAAAGACCAUGCGCAAAAGAAAUUAAGUUUCAAGAACAGCCUAACUCGAUAGAUGACAUGUCAAUAUUAUUCCACUAUGCAGCAUGGAGUGAUGAAACAAGUUCAUCUGAAAGUGUUUUCGGUGAGGAAUUAGAUCUGGAAGUAGGAAGUUUAAUAUGUUCCCCGUCUGCAGAAUUCAUGGUGGAGAGCAUUUUGGGAUGCGGGUCGUUCGGAAAGGUCGUCCACUGCAGGAAGCUGCCCACGAACGAAUCGGUGGCUCUAAAAAUCAUCAUGGAGAAAGAAUUCAACUGCGAUGCUCAGAAAGAGGUCGAAACCCUGGAGGUGCUGAAAAACUACAAUUUGGAAAAAUAUAACAUCGUUAAAUGGUACAGCUCCUUUGUCCACGAGGGCCAUUAUUGUCAUGAGUUUGAGAAGCUAGACAUGAGUCUUUACCAAUACCAGGUCACAGAGAAAGAAGCUUUGGAGCUCAAGGAGAUUCGUCCUAUUCUGCAGCAGGUUGCUUUAUCCCUGCAACUCCUUAAAAGCUUAGGGAUCGCCCAUACCGACCUCAAACCAGAUAACAUUAUGCUAGUUGAUCACAUCCAUCAGCCACUGAGAGUUAAAAUCAUCGAUUUUGGUACAGCCAUUUUGAUUUCAGAGAGAUGCAAGGGCUCGGAACUUCAGACGCUCUGGUUCAGGUGAGUGACAACCACGAUGGAUGAUAACUAGUGAGCAGGAAACGGUACUAAGAAUGUCAAUGUUGUAAAGAUCUCCAGAGAUUCUUCUGGGUGCUCCCUUCAAUGAGGCUAUUGAUAUCUGGUCUCUAGGCUGUAUUGCGGCAGAACUGCUCAUGGGCAAGGCAUUGUUCCCCAGCAGCGAUGAGUUUGACAUGAUGAGACACAUACUUCGAGUUCUAGGAAAGCCACCAAAACAUCUGCUGAAUUCUGGAGUGUACACAAAACAAUUUUUCCAACAUUAUUAUGCAAGAUCUGAAAAACGGAGACCAAGACUCUGGAUGUUUAAGGCCAAGCUGUACAGUUCCUCUUGCAUACCUUGCACAGUUAACAGCCUAUACCAACUUCUGGAGGGAUGCGAUGGACUGACCGGAGAAGAUGCGAGAGCUGACAACCUUGAUAGGAGGAGCUUCGUUGACUUGUUGGUAAAGAUGAUGCACUUGGAUCCCAAUGAAAGGAUCAGACCCAACCAGAUUCUACAACAUCCCUUUAUCACCAUGAGCCACCUUGAUGGAGAUUUCAAUGACUGCCAAUAUGUUAAAUCCUGCUUGGACCUGCUGAGCGGGCAUUUGACUGAGACCUCGUUGAACCAAGGAGACUUUCAGACUUCCAGCGCAGUGUGACGACACUCUUGGACCAUCAAGACUUUUGAAACGGAAAUACCCGCGGAUGACCUUCGGAUCCUCCCGUAGAUUUCGAUUGGAUUCAGUUUGGGUUAUGGUGACUGACUUCAUGAUAUACGACAAAUAAAUACAUAGAGGUCUGCUCUGAAGUAUAA